AUGACAGACGAUACACACCGCAAAAUCUGGCAGCCCCUCCACCCCACUAUUCGUGACCGUCUAGAUCCCCAAUACGUCGCCUAUCAUGAGGCACAUCUACAGUAUAUCGAACCAGAUGAGAUCAAAGACUGGGAUGGUUCAACAAGAACAAAGAAGGUUUCUCUGCCUCCAGGAGGAACAAAGCCUGUUCCCGUUGGAAGUAUCGACGACUACCAUGUUGGCAGAUUCAAAGUGAGGGUUUACACUCCCACAGGCCAGUGUGAUGAGCGAGGCUGGCCUGUUCUCGUUUGGUUGCACGGCGGUGGAUGGGCAGUGGGAGGCUUAAACAAUGGCACAGAUCUCUGCUGCUGGGCUUGUGAGAUUGUCAGUGUCGACUACGGCCUCGCCCCUGAAAAUCCAUUCCCAGUUGCGGUCGAGGAUUCUAUUGAUGCCGUGAGAUGGGUUGCAUCUUGUCCAGCCCAAUUACAGAAAAUAGACACUUCCCGUAUCUCUGUUAGCGGAACUUCAUCUGGGGCCAAUUUGGCUAUUGUCGCUGCUCUCUCUGCAUCAAAUCCAGAAGCCGCUUUGCCAACAGCGCGGCCUUCACUCUCAAACACCAUAGCCCACCCUCCAGUCUCCCUACUUCUGUUCAUACCAGUUGUUGACAACACUGCUACUGUCGACGGAGUCUGGAAGCCCAAUGCAGAGGUCGCCCCUUGGCUCACACCUUCUCGGAUGGAAUGGUAUCGUAAGCUCUAUUUUACCCAAGACGAACAUCGCUCAAGAUGGGACGCAAGUCCUAAUCUAGCACCGGAUACUCUUCUCAAGAAGCUUCCAAAGACAUGGAUAGCGAUUGCAGAGAUGGAUAUUCUUGCUACCGAGGCGUCGACAUUCAGUCAACAGUUGAAGGGAUUGGGAGUUAAUGUCGAGACCUUGUUGGUGGAGGGUGGAACCCACUCGAUUCUUUCCCUUCACGGGGUGAUAGACCGAGGAUACAAGAUGAUUGAAGACGCAAUCAAGCAUUUGCAAGAAACAUUUGGCACCGGCUAA